ACUUUUGUGCUCGCGUGCACAGGACUUUUAUUUUGGUUUGGCGACGUGACGUCACAACGCUACGCCGCACUCCGGCAUUUGUUGUUGUGCUUCGACUAAAGAAAGAAAAGGUGAAGCGACCAAGAUCCAUGUGACACUGUUAUAAAGAUGGCGUUUAUUAAAGAAGAGAGUGAAGAUGUGAAGAUUGAAGAAACAAUCAGAGUCAAACAUGAAGAUAGUGAUGAUGAUGGAUUAGACCUGAUGGCAAUAAUAGAGGAGAUUCAAAAGCAGCAUAAGAAACAGGAACAAGAGCAAUGUAAGCAUAAUGAUUUCAGUACUGGAGAAAAAACUGAAGAGACUUCCCCACCAGCAAAAGCUAAGGAGACACGAAUUAAACGUCGUCUCAUCUGUUCAGAGUGUGGAAACACUUUCAGUCAUCGAACCGGCCUCAGAAUCCACAUGAGGAUUCACACUGGAGAGAAGCCUUUCACCUGCCAUCAAUGUGGAAAACGUUUCGCUCAACGAGGAAACUUUCAGUCACACAUGAGAGUUCACACUGGAGAGAAGCCUUACAGCUGUAACCUGUGUGGAAAGAGCGUCACAACACAACAGAAACUUAACAAUCACAUGAACCUUCAUGUCAGUGAUAGGUGGAAAGAGUGCAAAAAGAAAUCUGCUCAAAGUAAAAGUAAAAAAAGUAAACGUACCAUUACAUGAUUGACAUUUUACAAAUAAAAGUAAAAGUACCAGACAAAAAAUGUA